GGACCAGUCUUAAUCAAAGUAGUUCGUCUCUUAAAACGAGUUUCUACUUGUCAUUAAAAGUGUAUAUUUCUGUUGGGAGUUUAUUAGGUUCUCCUCCUACCACCACCUCUUUGUUGACCUUUAAUGAUGGACUCAUAGUUUGGUGCAAAGUGACCAAAAAAAAAAAAAAAGUCGAUCUUGAAGAUUUUUAUAUAAAUUUUUGUUACUGGGCAAUAAUCCUGUUUGGUUGCCAAGGAAGUGAGCCACCAAAACAAUGGGGAUCGUUUCAGAAGAAGCCAUUGAUGAAUUUCAGGAGCUGAUGGAUCAAGCUGAGGAGCCAUUGAAGAAAACAUUUGAGAGAGUCCAUCAGGGAUAUCUGAGGGAGAAUUUGGGUCGUUUUCUGAAAGCACGAGACUGGAACGUAUGCAAAGCUCACACAAUGCUGGUUGAGUGUUUGCGUUGGAGGGUAGAUAAUGAAAUUGACAGUAUCCUAUCCAAACCCAUUGUUCCUACUGAGUUGUAUAGGGAUGUACGAGAUUCUCAACUAAUAGGAAUGUCAGGUUACACCAAAGAGGGCUUACCUGUCUUUGCUAUUGGCGUCGGCCUCAGCACAUUUGAUAAAGCUUCUGUUCAAUACUAUGUCCAGUCCCACAUACAAAUCAAUGAGUAUAGAGACCGUGUAUUACUGGAUCUAAACUAUCCAGAGAAGACAAACACGUACUAUGUUGUCAAUGCCCCUUAUAUAUUUUCCGCAUGUUGGAAGGUUGUAAAACCUCUUUUACAAGAGAGGACGAGGCAAAAGGUUCAUGUCUUAUCUGGUUGUGGAAUGGAUGAAUUAUUGAAGAUUAUGGACUUCACAUCCCUCCCACAUUUCUGUAGAAGAGGAAGCUCUGGGUCAUCUCACCACACUCAGAGCGCAAACUGUUUUUCUAUCGAUCAUCCCUUCCAUCAACAGCUAUACAACUAUGUGAAGCACCAUUAUGAAACCCGAGGACAAGCAGAACCUGCAAAGCAAGGGUCAUUCCACGUGGGUUUUCCUGAGCCUGAAGCUGAACGUUGUGUGAUAGCCAAAACCAUAGAAUCGGAACUGCACAAGAUUGAGAAUUGCAACAGUCUGGCCAUGUCCAUUGGUGACAGACAAAGCAUUUCAUGAAAAACUGGAAUAUGAUGAACCCUGAAUGGUUCCAAGGAAAAUCCAUUCAGUGCCUCUACAAUUAAGAUAUAUAUAUUUUUUUUUUACGGGUGAGCUAGCAAUCUAAAUGAGUAGGCGAGAACCGAGCUGUGUCCUCUCCCUACGCCAUGCAAAUGUAAAGCGAAAAAAACAAAAAGAGAAUAAAUCUUGAACUUAAUGCAUAGGUUGCUUCAUGUAUAGUGUUAUUUGAUCCUUUGUUGUAGCAAAAGUUUUUUUGGAAAUCUAACUCUCAUUUCCCUAA